AUGUCCAUCCACGGCCCCCUUAACGGUGUAAAGAUUUCUCCCAUCGACGAUCCGCACAAGGUAGUCAAAGUUAUUGCCUCCGAUGGCAAGUCGGGCGAGACGCGAAACAUAUCCUAUAGCAAUUGUAAGGUCGUUGGAAACGGCUCUUUUGGUGUCGUCUUUUCCGCCAAGAUCGUUGGUCCCCCAAACGAUGGCGAGGAGGUGGCUAUCAAAAAGGUUUUACAGGACAAGCGCUUCAAGAAUCGCGAGCUCCAAGUAAUGAGACUUGUCUCUCAUCCAAAUGUUGUAAACCUGAAAGCCUUUUUUUAUUCGAAUGGUGACAAGAAAGAUGAAGUCUAUCUCAACCUCAUGCUCGAAUAUGUCCCAGAGACAAUUUACCGCGCUAGUCGCCACUAUGCCAAGCUCAAACAGCCCAUGCCCAUGUUACAAAUCAAACUAUACACGUACCAGAUCCUUCGUUCGUUGGCCUACAUCCACUCUGUUGGCAUCUGUCAUAGAGAUAUCAAGCCGCAGAAUCUGCUGCUUAAUCCCGCUACUGGCGUUUUGAAGUUAUGCGACUUCGGCUCUGCUAAGAUCCUCAAAAGCGGAGAACCGAACGUCAGUUAUAUCUGCUCUAGGUACUACCGUGCUCCGGAGUUGAUCUUCGGCGCUACGAAUUACACCACUAAUAUUGAUAUUUGGUCAACGGGCUGCGUUAUGGCUGAGCUGAUGCUCGGUCAGCCGCUUUUCCCUGGUGAGAGUGGCAUCGACCAGCUAGUGGAGAUUAUCAAGGUCCUGGGCACCCCCUCGCGAGACCAAAUCAAGACGAUGAACCCCAACUACAUGGAACACAAAUUCCCCCAGAUUAAACCUCAUCCCUUCUCGAAGGUAUUCCGACCACGCACUGCGCCCGAAGCGAUCGAUCUCGUAUCCAAGCUUUUACAGUACACGCCGAGUUCACGUCUGACCGCGGUUCUUGCGAUGCUUCAUCCAUUUUUCGACGAAUUGCGACAGGAGGGUGCAAGGAUGCCAAAUGGGAAAGAGUUUCCACCACUAUUUAACUUCACUCGCGAAGAAUUGUCAGUGCGCCCUGAUCUCAUCCGCCAGCUUGUGCCGCUACACUGCGAACCAGAGUUGAACUCUCGGUCUAUCUUCCUCGACAACUUCGUACCGAUACCACUCGAAGACAUGAAGAUUACGCUCGAUUAA